AUGCAGGCAGCUUGGCAGCAGAUCUCACCGACACCAAAGACAAUCUGACUGAUCGUCUCCAGGACAACAAUAACCAGCUUUCUGCAAUGAUUGAAGAAAGAGACCGUCUGAAUGCAACCCUCACAGAAAUGUCUAACGAGAUCAUCAGGCUUCAGAGUUUGUUGAAGAAAACCAGAGAAGACUGCAGGAACAGAGGAGGAGAUCUGGUGGUGAUAAAUGACGAUGAUGAACAGAAUUUUCUUUCUGCAAUCAUCAAUAAAGAAACAUGGAUUGGUUUGAAUGAUAUAGAAACUGAGGGAUCCUGGAAGUGGGUUGAUGACACUCCGCUGACUCAACUACUUACCAAAUACUGGUCAAAAAAACAGCCUGAUAAUGGUGGUGGAGACCCACUGUGGGGGGAAGAGGACUGUGCACAAAGCCUGACUUAUAAGGUGUGGAAUGAUGUUAAAUGUUCUGAUUCUAUGCAGUGGAUCUAUGAAAAGGAUCCAGUCUAAAUUGGGAGUGUGUUAGGAAUUGCUUUACAGUUGAGACUAAGUUUAGCUUGCUCUGCUUUAUGCUUGACUGCAUUGUUGCCUGUGACUGGCCUCUGUGGUCUCUGUGAACGUCGACAUGAAGGCCUGAUUGUAGUGACUGCAACAACUGUGUGCACCAACACUGAAACUCCAAAGGGUGGCGCUAAACACCCAAUUGAUGUUUAAUAAUAAUAAUAAUGAUGAUGAAAAUCAGUGAACUCAUGAACAGAAGAAAAGAAAAUACCACAAGACUAGUUUUAAGUAUAACUGUGGGGAGAUUCUAUUGUUGACCCAUUUGGAUUAUUUCUCAGGAACCACAAGGACAAAAAACUGCACUGUUUGUUUAUUGACAAAUCAUGUUAUUCAAUUCUUCUUGUUUUGUAACAAGACUGUGAGGAUUUGGGUUUUUCUCUGUGUUAAUUUAGGUUUUUGUGUCGUUUUCAUUUAAUUCAGUCUCUUUGUUGUCCUGUCCACCCCUUGAUUGUCCCCAGCUGUCCCUUGUUUCUCCUUAUUGUCUCCCUGUGUAUUUAAUCCCACCUGUGUUCCUGGUUCCUUGUUGGGUUCUCGUCUUGUCUGCUGUCAAGUCUGUUGUUAAGGUUUAAUUAUCCCAGUUGCUACCAGCUCUGAACUUUGUUGUGUCUGCUUUUCUGUGCUGCCUGGAUUUCUGGAUUUUGGAAUUGCAUUUUCACCAUUAAAUCAUCUUUAAUUCACUCCAACAUGGGUCCUCUGCGUCUGCCUCACCACCUCUCUACCACAAUUCAUGACAAAGACAGUAAACAAACUAUAUCAUUCUCACCAUAAGACUCAUCUCUGAGUGGAGCGCAGCAGUUCAUCUUAGUGAAUAUGAACACAUUCCUGUCCACACAGUCUGAGUGACUCAUAUAAUUUCAGGUCUCAACAUUUGAUCAUGUGAUCAAUUAUCAUUAACUAAUGUGUGUUCAGUGAACUUACAACCAGCAGAACAGCAGGUACUAAAAGCCUCUUUUGGUAACUUGACAGAACAAAAGCUUCUAUCUGCUACGUUUACUGAACUGGUUACUGUCCAUGGUGAUGAUGGCGUUGGAAAGUGUUGCAAUGGAUGAUAUUAUCUUUAAA